GUGACUCAGGACCAGGAAAAAAUAAUGUCAUCUUCAUUUCAAGCUGUACCAGUAGCAGUACCAUCCACAAGCAGUGCAAGUGAGGAGGACCCAGUAAUCAUCAUCACCCAUGAGCAACCAGAAGCAGAGACACCUAAAGAUGGAAAAGGUCAUGUUGAUAAAAAAAGAAGACUGUCUUCAUUCCAAGCAGCUUGGAAGAUGUCAUUUGAUUGGCUAAGUGAGAGCAAGGUUGGGCAAGGGUAUGCAUUCUGCAAAGUGUGUCACUGCAACAUUAGUAUUGGCCAUGGAGGACGCCAUGAUCUGCACAGGCACAUGGAGACAGAGAAGCACAAGAUAAAUGCAAAGCAGGCAUCUGGAAGGAAAGUGACAGAUAUGUUUGCCACCCAAGCCCGACAGGCAAAUAUAGCUCAGAAAGUAAUAAGCGCUGAAGUGGAUUUCAUUUUCACACUUGCAGAGUACAACCUGCCCUUUAGUGCUGCAGAUCAUCUGCUGAAACACAUGAAAAAACACUACGGUGAUCAUGAAGUGUUGAAGAAGGUGAGCUGUGGGGUGACUAAGUCUGCAUGCAUUACACGUGAUGUCCUGGGUCCAAAAUAUCAGGAAGAUGCAGCAGCAGUUUGUCGGAAGCAGCCUUAUUGCAUUUAUUUAGAUCAGAGCACUGAUAUGGGGGGAUAAUAAACUCCUUGUGAUUCUAGUUGGAUUUUUUGACUAAGCAAAGGGUAGAAAUGUUGUUCGGUUCUUAGACAUGCCCAACUGUGUGGUAGGUACAGGUGAAGCGAUAUACAACUGUCUUAUGGAAACUCUUCACAGAUUUAGCAUUCCAGUAAAUAAUAUGGCUGCAUACUCCUCAGAUAAUGCUGCAGUCAUGGUUGGUAAAUACAAUUCUGUACUGUCACGAUUAAAGACUGUCAAUCCUGAUCUCUUCAGUAUGGGUUGCCCGUGCCAUAUAGCAGACCUUUGCAUCAAAUCAGGUUUGAAAGCAAUGAAAUCACAUGUAGAAGAGUUAAUAUCCGACAUUUAUAAUCACUUUUCACAUAGUGCACAGAGGCAACAGAAGCUAAACGAAUUUGCAUUGUUUGUUGACAUUGAGCCACUUGUACUUAUCCGACAUACCCCCACUCGUUGGCUGAGUCUUCACAAAGUUAUAAAGUGAAUAAUGGACCUGUGGCUUGCACUUUUAUCAUACUAACAAUUGUUUGAGUCCCGGUCACACAGAAUAGACCUGAUAACAGAAUGGCUGAAUAGUCAUCAGCUAAAACUGAUAUUCCUUUUCCUGAAGUAUACUAUGGAGUCUCUCCUUAACUUCAAUAUGCAAUUGCAGGCCAGAAGUAGUCAACUUUUAACUCUGUACAUUGAUAUCACACAUCUUCUUCAGGUGUAUGCAACCAGGUUAUUUAAGCCACAUGCUGCUGUACAAUUUCUAGAUAAUAUCAGUACUACCAGCAAUUCUUUUUUUGAGGAUGAUAACAAUAUUUUGCAGCGGCAACGCCUUCAUGUUGGAUCUGAUGUUGAAAAAUAUCUGCAUGACAAUAGUGAUGACAUAUUUGGUACUGUAAGUGAGCACUCCUUCUAUAAACAAGUAAAAGCAUUUUAUGUUGCAGUCCUCCUGAAAAUGAAAAAAACAUUUGACUGUUGGUGAUGCCAUACUGAAAAAUAUUGCCAGUGUAUUGGACCCUUCUAUGAAAUUAGAUCUUGACAUUGAAGUUAUAACGGACAUUGCAACUCAUGUAGGACUUUGCAAGUCAUGGGAAGAGCGUUCUCAACUUAAGACUGAGCUUGGCAUAUACCAAGUUGUUAACAUCAAGCUGCCACAGCAACAGCACAGCCAGAAAUCUGAAACAGAUAAAUGUUUCCUCAGGUACUAGUCAACAGUCCUACAAAGCCCUAAAGCAAAACGAAUAUCUCUUUUUAAGCACCUCAUUUUAACACUGCUUUGUUUGCCACAUUCGAACAGUGAACCUGAGCGAGCAUUCAGCAUGGUGAGAAAAGUUAAAACAGAGCUGAGGCAGUCAUUACAUGCUAAAACACUUAAUUCAUUGCUAGCAAUCAAAAUGAAUGAGGACAGUGACUGUUUUUCUGUGGAAGUCCCACCACACAUUCUACAAGCAGCAAAAAGGGCAACUCUAGCAUACAAUAGAGAACAUGCCCUCCAGACCCAGCACCAGGCAGCACAAACAGACCCAGAAGGGCCACAGCCAGGCCCUGAGACCAUCAGUGCAGAAGGUGAAGAAGAGCAAGAGGAAGUAAAUUAAUCCAUCAUGUUGUAAGAUUGUGUGAGUGAGUCACAUAGUCUCACUGUCUCACAGAUCAUGGAUUUCUUCCAAGCUUCCUCCUUUUGCUCUGUGACAUGUGACUUGACGUGACUUGAGUAUUUUAAAAAGAAAAUGAUUGGUUAUU